AGUUUGAAAAUGCCUCGUUAUGAUGAUCGAUAUGGUAGUACUCGUCUUUAUGUUGGUCACUUGUCGUCAAGGACUCGCUCGCGUGACCUGGAGCAUGUCUUCAGAAGAUAUGGGAGGUAAUCAAAUGUCUGGCUUCUCUACAAUCACCUUCUUGUGUUAUUUGAAAUUCCGCUCAUGCUAUUCCUUGUGAAUUGUGGCACACAUUUUACUGAAGACAAACCAAUUUUGCAAAGCUCAACUGCAGUAAUGUCUUAAUUUUCUUCGUUAUUCUACUAGAUUCCAUGUCGUAGUCAAAAAUAAGAAAGAGAAGAGGGUAAACAAAAAGCAUCUUUUGUGUCAGUCAUAUCACUUUGGUCAGGUAGAGGUCACUGUGUAGGAAGCUGCAAUCUUUUGUUUCCUCUGAAGUUUUUCUGAUAAUGAAUUGGAAAUCAACUUGUUGAUAAAGAAAAAACAGUGUCUUUGAUGCACUCCACAAAUAUGUAUUUGAUGAUCAAACUCAGUUAUUCAAAUCAUUGGUACAAUAAGUUAAGAGUGCAUAUAUUUCAUCUUUAAUGGUAGGUUCGGUGUAAGCUGCAUAGUGAUGUAGACUACAUGAUUUUACUCAUCUUUGUGGUGCUGUUUUUAAACAGCUUUUGGCUAUCCCAUUUAAAAUCUAUCAGACAAGUUGCCACUCAAUCUGUGAUGUGGGGUACGUCUCCCACUCAUGUAGGAGACACUUGGUUUGUAUGCCAAGCAUGGUUCUGUGCUUGGGUCUACAUUAUUCAUCAUAUUUUCUGUGAAGGAACAUUGUACCCCCAGGUGUCUGUGUGUUUAACUUGAAUGAUCUUGUUGAAGGUUUCUGGCUUUUGCCUAACCUGGAGGUCAAUGGUGAGAGGGUGCCCUUGGUGGAAAUUCUUGCCGAGUUUUAGGAGACUUUGGUGAUUCUUUCUGAAAUAUUUAUGCGUUUUUAUGGAAUUGGCCCCAAUCUCACACUGGUGUUUAGUUCGUCUUGUGCGGCGGUGUGUCGUGCACUUCCUGUACUUAAGUAUGAUGGCCUUACUGUUUCUGCAACCUUCCGCAGAGUAAGAGAUGUGGAUAUGAAGCGCGACUAUGCCUUUGUUGAAUUUAGUGAUCCCCGGGAUGCUGAUGAUGCAAGAUAUAGCUUAGAUGGUCGGGAAUUUGAUGGAAGCCGUAUUAUUGUGGAAUUUGCUAAGGGAGUGCCACGUGGAUCAGGUGGUUCUAGAGAAUAUCUAGGCAAGGGUCCUCCACCUGGGUCCGGACGGUGCUUCAACUGCGGCAUUGAUGGUCACUGGGCACGAGAUUGCAAAGCUGGGGACUGGAAGAACAAGUGUUAUCGUUGUGGAGAAAGAGGACAUGUAGAGAGAAACUGCCAGAACAGUCCCAAGAAGCAGCUCAGACGUAGUCGGAGUUACUCACAGUCACCACCAGUGAGAUCACAUUAUCCUCGCAGUGGAAGAAGCCGGAGUCGUAGCUACAGUCGGUCGAGAUCCCCUCCAAGGAGAGAGAGGAUUGUUGAGCGUAAAGAGAGGAGAUCAAGGAGCCCUCGUUACAGUAGAAGCCCAGAGCAGGGGAAGGGUUCUCCAUCCCCCUCCCAGUCAAGGAAGCGCAGCCCAACACCUGAUGAGGGCAGCCCAAGGGGGAGAGAUAGCCCUUCUCUUGAGAGAGAAAGACAAGAAACUGAGCGAGACGGUUCAGUCCAUAGUCAGAGCCCUAUGGUGAGGGGCAGGAGUCUGGUGAGCCCCGAAAGAAAGAGCCCUUAUGAGGUUAAUGGUCAUAGCCGCAGCCCAAGUCCUGCAGAUGACAGGAGCCCUGUUGAUGAUGAUGAUGAUGAUGAUAAUGGCUUCUCCCCAAGAGGCAGUGCAUCACCUUAAAUUGUCCAGAAAUGGUAGAGGUCUCUGCUCGUUUAUGGCAUGUGCAAUAAAACUAUAUGUAUAUCAUAUUCGUUUGUUAAUGGAGCGUGGCAAGACAUUGCUUAACUAUGAGAAGAUGCUGUUGAUUUAAGUAGAGUGGCCAUAAGUUCAAACUUCAGCAGAGUUAUUGUCCUCUUUAUACUACUAUGUCUUUGUUCAAUUGAGAUGGUGCUAAAACUGGGAAAGUACAGCGUAAUUUGCGCCUAAAAAAGCUUUUUUCUUACAUGGCAGUUUACUUUUUACAAUCUUCGCAAGCUCAACUAGGUCUGAGCUUGUGUACUCUUAUUGUAAUCGCCAUACGUUGAACUUCAGAAAAUUGGCCUGUUACUUGAUGCAAAUAUGGUUCAACAUAGGGGGACUACCAAUGAAGGGUAAGAA